GCGGCCGCACGCUCGGCGCCUCCGCUAGUGCGGGCAAGGUCCCGAAGCGGGAAGCCAGCAGCCCGCCGCCUCCACGCAGCCCGCGACCCUCGCCCGCCCUCAGGGUCCCGGAGUGCGCCGGGGGAGGCCGAGGUCCAGGACAGUAUCAGUGCUCCCCAAGGAUGUGAGCAGAGUGCUGGGCUCACUGAGCUGGGAGACCCCCAGGCUCCAGGCACUGAAACCCACCCAUCUACCCUGUGCCCAGCCAUCACCAUGGCAACCCAGAACAGAAGCACUAGUUUCACAUCCAACUUGAAUCCACCCCAAGACCAUGGCUCCUCACUGUCCUUUAACUUCAGCUAUGGUGAUUACGAUCUCCCUCUGGAUGAGGAUGAGGACAUGACCAAAACCCAGACCUUCUUCGCAGCCAAGAUCGUCAUUGGCGUGGCACUGGCAGGCAUCAUGCUGGUCUGUGGCGUUGGCAACUUUAUCUUCAUUGCUGCCCUUGCCCGAUACAAGAAGCUGCGAAACCUCACCAACCUGCUCAUUGCCAACCUGGCCAUCUCUGAUUUCCUGGUGGCCAUCAUCUGUUGCCCCUUUGAGAUGGACUACUAUGUGGUACGCCAGCUGUCCUGGGAACAUGGCCACGUGCUCUGUGCCUCCGUUAACUACCUGCGCACUGUCUCCCUCUAUGUCUCCACCAAUGCCCUGCUGGCCAUCGCUAUCGACAGGUACCUGGCCAUCGUGCACCCGCUAAAGCCCCGGAUGAACUACCAGACGGCCUCCUUUCUGAUCGCGCUGGUCUGGGUGGUCUCCAUUCUCAUCGCCAUCCCCUCGGCCUACUUCACCACAGAGACGGUCCUCUUCAUCGUCAAGAGCCAGGAGAAGAUCUUCUGCGGCCAGGUCUGGCCAGUGGACCAGCAGCUCUACUACAAGUCCUACUUCCUCUUCAUCUUCGGCCUGGAGUUCGUGGGCCCCGUGGUCACCAUGACCCUGUGCUACGCCAGGAUCUCCCGGGAGCUCUGGUUCAAGGCCGUGCCCGGCUUCCAGACCGAGCAGAUCCGCAAGCGGCUGCGCUGCCGCCGCAAGACGGUGCUAGUCCUCAUGGGCGUCCUCACGGCCUACGUGCUGUGCUGGGCGCCCUUCUACGGCUUCACCAUCGUGCGCGACUUCUUCCCCGCCGUGUUCGUCAAGGAGAAGCACUACCUCACCGCCUUCUACGUGGUCGAGUGCAUCGCCAUGAGCAACAGUGUGAUCAACACCGUGUGCUUCGUCACGGUCAAGAACAACACCAUCAAGUACUUCAAGAAGAUGAUGCUGCUCCACUGGCGUCCCUCCCACCACGGGAGCAAGUCCAGCGGUGACCUGGACCUCCGGAACAGCGCAGUGCCAGCCACCGAAGAGGUGGACUGUAUCCGGCUGAAGUGACCUGCGGCAUGACGGAAUUGAAAACCUAGCUCCAGUCCUCAGCAUCACACACCAUCAACCAAGGCACAGGCUGUGUUUGUGGCACGGGACAUCUGUGUCCACACCUUCCUGCCCCCUGGGAGCUGGGUGUUUCUAGAUCUUAACAAACAAACUAAUCCAGAGACCAAGUGCCCCAGCCGGCAUUCGCUGAUGUGCACUGAAUAGACACUGCGUGUGUGGCACGGUCAUGAAACGAGAGGCAUGUGACAGUGAGUGAUGUGAACCACACACCUACGGUGGGCAGGCCACGAUGAGAUCACACAAAGGCUACGGGACUGGCACUGACUGAUGACAUGCUGCGUGCAGAAGCACUGGGAACCAAAGCAAGGUGACAGAAGCUAUUGCAGUCAUCAAGCUGGGUAUAGAUCUGGGAAUGGCUGGACAGAGGCCACAUGCGGUUAUCUGGAGCCCCCCAACCCCUGUCCCUGUUCCCUCAUUCUGUACUUUAUCAGUGUGGGAACAUCAAGAGGCCUCGGGACAAAACACUUAGACACAGUAGGAACACAAGGACAAUCGUCAGCAUGGAGCCCACACCUCACAGGAAGAGCAAAUGCCGUCACACGGCCUUCUCAACCCAGCUCCUGCUAUCUCCUGUGAUGUCUCUAGGAUAUGCCUAGACAGUGGUUUUUCUUGCAACCAGGCCAGCAGAAUGCAGUUCCUGAAACUUCAGUGCAAAUGAUUUCAGGGUUCUGAGGUCCAGAGGAAGAGACCAGAAAGAGGGACGGAGGAAGAGACCAGAAAGAGGGACGGUGGGAACAUAACUGUGUGGUCUGUUGGCUGAGACUUGGCUCAUCUCCUAGAAUACACCCUCUUCUACAAAAGGAGCCCUUCGUGGAACCCCAAGGCCUGCGUUCGAGUUCUCACUUGGGUUCAUACAGCCCAGAUGCUUCUUCCCUGUGUCUCAGUCUGGCUUUAAAGAACGGGGACAAUGAAGACAUUUUCUCUCCCUGAUGUUUUCAAUACCAUCAGGCAACCCUUGGAGGUCACAGUGCAUGCAUAUAAUUUUCAACUGUACAUGUGGUAAUAAUGAGUAGGUGAUAUUGACCAUUUGUGUGGGGGAGUUUGUUUAGAAACCCUGUUUCCUGUGGUUUUUAUGGAGAAACACUUCCAUUCUUUCAUCUUGCUCUUUGGACCAGGCACCCCUGAACUCUACACUGGGGUCCCUGUCAUGAAGACGGGAGCCCCAGACUCAGCAGCUCUGGGGUUAGGAAAGUUCAAGUCAUGUGUGGCGGGCAUGGUACGGAGCCCUACCCUUGUUCCUUCCGAUCGGUUUUGGAGCAGAGACUUGCAAAUGGUUCUUGAUUAGAGCUUUGCCAUCCACAUUUGGUCAGCUCCUAACUUCCUGUAGAGAAGAAAUGACUUAGUUGCUUUGCUUGUUUUUAAAAAUUAUCUGUUUGUUUCUCCAUCAAUGAAGUUUCAGCCCACUCUUUUCCGUCCUCGGCCAGCAGACCCACCUUUAACUUUGGCACUGAACCUUCAAAAAAUGCAAAGUAUCCACCUAAAAAGAUUCUGUAAAAUCCCAAUUUUAUAGAAUCUCAGGAUGCAUUCUGAAGCCAAGCAGGAGAGCAUUUUAGGUUGUCUGUGUGUUCAAAAAUGUAAUAAUUGUGUCUGUAUUACCCUUUCAGAAGUCAUUUUUGCCUUUUUAUCCUAAACUAUACCAUCCCUCUUUCAUUUAAAUUUAACUGAAAAAACUUGUAAAUAUCAGUGUUUUGUGACCCAGUGAAAAAGUGUUGUGUUGUUACCAAGUGGAAUAAUUAACAUAUAGAAUCUUAAUCACAAAGUUCACAGAUUUCCCUGCUUCUCUUUUAUAUCGGAUUUAGAUAUAAGUAAGUCAUAGCCAUCUCGAUAGCUCAGCCCUGAACAGAGAAAGAAUUUAUUCAAGGUAUUUUUAGCAGAACAGUGGUAGCUCAGACCAAGAGCUGGGGUUAUCUUUAUUUCAUCCCUCAUGCUUCCCGCCCAGGUGGGAAUUCUUGUGUCAGUGCCACCUGCCCAUUUAUCUGGAGUCUGCCUUGUUCGAAUGUAAGCUGCUGUUUGAAUGGAGACUUUUCAUCCCUCCACCUGGAAUUAAAACAAUAAAUUAAUUGCAUUUGUG